AUACUCCUUUUCACGGGACAGUCUGCAACAUUUAAUAACUGGAAGACAUAUUUUCAUCGCACAUUUACGCGCACAUCUGGAUUUUAACGGGGUUUAUUAUUAUGAUUGUUGAUAUGGAUUAAAUGAUCAGAUCCUGACCACAGGGCGACUCGUUCAGACGCUCCUUACACAUUAGCCCUACAAUGUAUCAGACGCUACGGACGCUUGUACUAUCAAAUGCCCGGUGCUGGGAUGCUGACAGUGAGAGGACAUAUCAGGACCUGUUUGAGAGGCUUGAUACCAAUAAAGAUGGGAAGGUGGAUGUAGCAGAAUUACGGGCGGGCCUCAAGGCGAUGGGCAUAUUCCGCCAGGGUGCUGCACAGAAAAUUGUGUCGUCUGGUGACCAAAACAAAGAUGGGAGUCUCGACUUCAAAGAGUUCACCAAAUAUCUGAAAGAGCACGAGAAGAAACUGAGGUUGACAUUUAAAAGUCUGGACAGGAACAACGAUGGACGCAUUGAUUCCACAGAGAUCCAGCAGUCCCUUGGAGAGUUGGGCAUGCAUAUCAGCACUGAGGAUGCCCGGAAAAUUUUACAUAGUAUGGACAUUGAUGGCACUAUGAUGGUGGACUGGAACGAGUGGAGAGAACACUUCCUGUUGUGCCCUGCUCACAACCUGGAAGAGAUCAUACGUUACUGGAAACACUCCACGGUGCUGGACAUAGGCGACAGUCUUGCCAUCCCAGAUGAAUUCACUGAAGAGGAGAAGAGCUCAGGUGGCUGGUGGAAGCAGCUUGCUGCAGGUGCAAUGGCAGGGGCUGUCUCUCGCACCGGUACUGCCCCUCUGGAUAGAAUGAAAGUCUUCAUGCAGGUUCACUCCUCUAAGGUCAAUAAAAUAAGCCUGGCAGGGGGCUUCAAGCAGAUGAUUAAAGAGGGAGGCUUGACUUCACUCUGGAGGGGAAAUGGAAUCAAUGUUUUAAAGAUUGCACCUGAGACAGCAAUCAAAUUCAUGUCAUAUGAACAAUAUAAAAAAUUGUUAUCAUCAGAGGGCGAAAAAAUUGAGACACACAAGAGGUUCAUGGCAGGCUCGCUGGCUGGAGCCACAGCACAAACGGCCAUCUACCCCAUGGAGGUGUUGAAGACAAGACUGACACUACGGAAAACCGGCCAGUAUUCAGGAAUGUUUGAUUGUGCCAAGACAAUCCUGAAGAAGGAGGGCAUCACGGCUUUCUACAAGGGCUACAUUCCAAACUUACUGGGCAUCAUUCCCUAUGCUGGGAUAGACCUUGCUGUUUACGAGACUCUGAAGAACACCUGGUUGUCAUACCACCCCAAAGACUCAGCUAACCCGGGAAUUUUGGUGUUGCUCGGCUGCGGGACCAUCUCUAGUACCUGUGGACAGCUGGCCAGCUAUCCACUCGCACUUGUACGCACACGGAUGCAGGCACAAGCGUCCCUAGAUGCAUCAGACCAGCCCUCCAUGAGCUCUCUGAUGAAGAAGAUUGUAGCCAAAGAUGGCUUUUUCGGACUCUAUCGGGGCAUCCUGCCAAAUUUCAUGAAAGUCAUUCCUGCUGUCAGCAUUAGCUAUGUGGUUUACGAGUACAUGAAGACUGGUUUGGGAAUCUCUAAAUGAUACCACAAGCCAUGAGAAAAAACACGUACUGUAUUUGUCAGACUUGACAGUUUUUGCCUGAAAUGACUCGAAAAGAAUAGACAGACAUCAACACUUACAGGGCAUGACUUCCACCAGCUGGCACAGGAAUUCAGCAGAUGGAAAACUGUAUGUAUCCCACUAAAGGCGGUCUGUCAGUAGCUAAAACAUUAUCAGUUGAGGUAAGCAUGCUUUAGAUUAUCAUUCUACUGUAAAGAAAUGCACUCCCCAUAUUUACACAUUGUCCUAAACAAUGCUUGACACAAAGACAAAACUGCAUAUGAAUACAAACACAAAAAUGAAAAAUCAUAAAACAUGACGGUCACAUAGUAUAUAUCCCUCAGUUAUUCCUUAAAUCCCCCCAAAAAAUAGUUUAUUGCAGCACACUGUGCUUUUUGUUCACAAAGGAAAUAUGUUACCAGCUUAUCCCACAGAGACACAGCAAAGGUCUCUGUUAAACCCUUAAAGAGAAAAAAACAACACUUGCCAGUUACAUUCUGAGGUAAUUUAACACUUUUCAAAGUUGUGAACACCUGCCCUACAGCCAAAUCAACUCUAUGUUUAGACAAACUGCACUCCAAUCACCAGCUGUCCACUAAAAAUAACUGGCCCUGAAAAAUCAAUACGUGUUAACACUGGAAUACUUCCUACACACAGACACACACACAAUGUACAAUGUGAUAAAUCACUCUUUUAUUUGAGAAUCAUUUAAAUGUGCCUUACUGCCAUUCAAUGGGAGCCUUAUGUAUGUAUGCCAUAAGCAGAUAUGUUUUUUACUAUAUAUAUACUGUAUUUAUUUACUGUGUAUAUAUAUAAAUAUUUCUGUUUGCAGCUGCCAUUAUUUAUGGGUUGUAAUGAUGGAUACCACUUCAUAACUACUUUAUAUUUUUAAGAAGACAGUAGUAACUUGUCAUCUGACUGCAGUACCUGCAAGUUGUUUUUGUAUUGUCCCAGUCCUCAUUUCAACACAUCCAGACACCCCACCCCAAACACAUACAUUACACACACACACACACACACACACACACACACACACACACACACACACACACACACACACACACACACACACACACACACACACACACACACACACAGGAUCCUGUUACAUUCAACAUUUUUGUUACUUGUUCUUUGAAACAGCCCUGUGGUGGAGAUGUUUUGUUUUUAUCUACCACAGACAAUCAAGUUUUUAUCAUUGUUAAUUACACUCAUGUGAAUAUUAAGAAACUAAAACUUGUGUCAAUUUAAUCAAUGUUAACUUGAACAUGCUGUAACAAAUUUAACGUUGUCUUUGGUGGACGGCUUACUUGAGAGCAGUGGUUCAGUGGUGUUGAGUUUAGUCCUUCAGAGUGGGGAUUACUGGUUGAACAACUCUUGAGAUGUGUUAAUGACUCCACCUAGUCGUCAAUAAAAACACAUUGACACAUUACAGGAUUGAAACUUGAUUUACUGCUGUGUGCGUGCGUGCGUGUGUGUGUGUAUCAGUAGAGUAAGUAAACCAGAGUAUAAAAGUAAAGGAACCUUUCAGACAUUUUAAGAUAUACAAAAAUAAUAUUUGAAUAUGCAAAUAUUGUUCAUUUAAAAAAAUGUAACUACUGGACACAUAACGUCUCUGCUAUCCUUGUCCUUGUCUAAGCUGCACGCUGGACCACAGUUGGCGCCAAGCUAGUUAUGAUAUCACAAAUCUCUCAGUUUCCACUUUCAAUUGAUGAAUGU